GAGUUAAACCUACGAAUGCCCUUGUUGAAAUCCAAGCCCGACUCCUCAGCAGGUUAUACUUUUCUACACAUGGAGCAUCAAGAGAAUGCGGCGAAUGCCGUCGAGGCCCUAUACGGGACCUCCUACACGGACCACCACCUUUCUGUGGAUCUUUCAAACAUCCAGCAAGCUAAUCCUGGAGCCAUGUCCAAGGUGCCGUGUGCACGUUGCGGGACGCAGGGACACUUUGCAGGAGAGUGUCCAACCAGGCCACCUAUGGAGCACCACCAGAGUCAGGCAGCUGUACUUGCUGCUGCAGCUGCUGCUGCUGCUGGACUUCCUAUUCAGGUACAACAGUGUGUGCACAACUCUUUCUUUAACACCAACACUUCUGAUCCGACGUACGCGGCUCUAAAGGGUCUGACUGAAGCCAGUGGAACAGAUGGUAAGCCAGUGAGUGCUGCAGUCUAUGGUGCCCUGGCGAGUCAAGUGUAUGGUUCUGUGGCUGACCAGGUCAUCAGCCAGGGAACAGAUGAUUCCGGGUACCCAGCAGCAGGAGAGGCACCAUCAGCCACCACAACCACCACAGCCAUGAACCCUGCAUAUGGCACAAACUCCUCUGCAUAUGCAGGCCCUGCCUAUGGGACCAUGGGUGGAGCUGAGCCUGACGCACAAGCUUUAUUUGAAGCUGCCCGGCAGCGAUUCAUUGAGCAGGGUCAGCAUGUUUUGGCUGAGCAACAGGCCAUUACCAAAUCAGACCGGGACCGGAGCCCUGUAAGACGUUCUGCUCUGCUGCCUGACCCUGUUCCACAGCCCAUCAGUGCCACAAGACCCAAGCGCCGUGCUCUGCUGCCCACACCACCUGGAGGACCCGAACUGCCUGCUAUUAAAGAUGGAGACCCUAUUGCAAGGUGUUAUGCAGAGUAUGUCCAGCAGUACCAACAAUACCAGCAGUACCAACACUAUCAACAUUAUCAACAGUACCAGUACUACUAUCCGCCACCUCCGCCACCCCCACCACACCAGAUGCCAACCAUGCCCAUGCCGCCUUCAGGGUCGAUGGAUGGCAAUCACAUGGCGGCUCCUGGAACCGGCGCAUCUCCAAGAGCAAUGCACCUCAGACUGUCUUCAGUCUUUCAUUCCAACGCUGAGAGAUUGUCGGGUACUCGCACGAACACAAACACACACAUGCACAACAUGGUCUCAGUGACCUCUAUUGGCCUGGAUACAACAAACCUUUUGUAACAUAGGCAGCAGAUUGAAAUGACCUGCAAUAUUCGAUUAUGGAUUAUAUUUGUAUUUUUCUGUGCAUAAUUCAGUGUAUAGUUAACAGGUUUCUAAAAGACACCUGAUACAAAACUUUCCAUGACUCGUAAGUGUAUCCAGGCCCUGAUGUUUACAAGACGAAAAAAGGCAGAUAUUAUAUUGGAGUGGUCAUUGUUUUAGUCUUAACAUUUAGUGGAAUGGUGAUGGAAGGGUAGCUCUUUAUAGUGCAUCAGGCCUCCUCACAUUAACUUACAUGUCUGUCAUUUUGUGCUAGAAAUAGUGCAUGACUGGUUACUCGUGCUGUUCUUCCAGCCACAUUUUCCCUUUUCGCUAACUACAGCUAGAAUGGCUCCCAGGCCUCAGGACGCCAAGUUGCACAUGACGGGGGAAGAGAAUUAGAGUCCCACAGUGGCAUGGAUGCACUCCCCAGAAAGGUAAAGCCCUCUGGCCCCAAUCACGCUUGCACCUUAACCAUACACCACUUCUCCUAAAUCAUCUCCUGUUCCACCUCAGCUCAGAUCCACCUUCUGGCUGAAGAACUUGAUGUGGAAAAAACAAUGAUGAGGCUGUUAGUGUGACACAGAUUAGGGUUUAAUAAGUUCACAUUUAGCAAGCAGAGAAAAGUCAUUUAGCUCAGGCACAUGAAGUACCCCACGUAAUCUUGGUUUGGUGGUUUGCAAUUAAAAAACAAACAAACAAAAUGUUUAUUUUUUGUGAACAUACUGGUUAAAGCCCAGUGGCAUAUCCAUUCAGAAGUUAUCAUAAUGAGUGUCUUAUAAGAAACAUGCUCACAAUAAUCCAUUACAAAGUUCAUGGGAACGUGUGAGAUCACGGAAAUUUGAAUUGUUGGCUUGUUCUGUGGCAUUUGGUGUUUCUUUUGAGCAUUUUCAGUAAGACGAGACGAGAUCCGCACACACGCUCACAACUGAGGUUCCCUGGCUAUGUUUUGAACUGUUAAGAAGACAGCACAGCUUUAAGGGGAGCACAGUGCAAUCCAAAAGCCAAGAGGUGGGGUUGUCGCCUGGUAGGUGAGUAACCAGUGCGCCACAGUCCCACUCAAACCAGUUCCUGUCCUCAAACCCAACACGUCACCUGCCCCAUCAAAAUUCUGUACAUCUCUAACUUUAAAUGCAUGCCUCAGGGAAUGAUGCUUUUAGAGUUCACGCUUAGAAAAUAGUCAGGACCAGGACGUAUGACUGACUGACACAGAAAUGUACAUGACUUCAUAACAUUUGUUUGAAACGAAGAAGUAAGUCGCGCACCUCGAGUUCUGACAGGAACGGAGUUGUCUGACUUUUUUAGACAUUCUUAUUCUCAUCAUUAAAUAGUCAAGUCCAACCUCUUCUAAAUGUACAGUUUAACAGUAACUGAGCAAAUCACCUCAGUUUUGAUAGCUCCUUAUUGUCCAUGACUUUGCAGCUUCUAUUUCAUAUUUCUUUUACUGAUGUGUAAAUGAACAUGUCAUUCUAAGUGUGGUUUGAACACAUAUAGCAUUGCUUAUGAUUCAUUUAGGUCAGGAAAUAAUUAUUCAGGGAGUAUGCAUUCAUUGAUCUAAAUGCUACCAUUUUUACUGAGAUCGGUUUACUUCUUUUGCUACUGUCUCUGCAAAAAAUGUCAAAUCUUUUUUUUCUCUUUGUAGUCCUCCUCUAAUCUUGUAAAACUAAAUUAAAUACAUUUAUAAAAACCA